UGUGUUGUUUUUAACAAUAAAGAACAAAAUGAGCCGAAAUAAAUAUUAGACUAAAAUCGAUAUAUUUUUGUCUGGGUUUUUUUUCCCACUCCGCUGAUGUAGGUUUCUAUCAUCCACUCUGGACCUGGAGCUCAGUGAUCAUCACCUGGUCCACACUGAGGCCUUCUCACCGCGCCUGCGCUCUGGCGCCGUGUAGUGGUGAAACGCAGUUAUUGCACAUUAUUUCAGCUCAGCCUCAGUGUUGUGAAAUAAAAGUCUCGCGGAAGUGACUGAUGCGGUUUCAGAAACUCAGCUCACCUUCACACCUUCUGCUCCAUCAGAAAGAUUAAAUUCAAUUAAAGAUGGCGGUGGUGAGUAAGUACCUGACAGCCAGGAGCUCCUCCAUCUCAGGGGCUUUAGCGUUAAUCACCUUCUGUCUCCUCAAACACCGGCGACGGGCUUCACCAUCCACUGCUGGGUGUAACAGGAAGUCAGAGCUCCAUUCACACUCACCUCAGGAUGGCAGAAAAGACAAAGUCCUAGUGGAUCAGCUCUUCAUCUCUCACAUCUACAAGAUCCUGAAGAUUCUGAUGCCGAAGCUGCUGUGUAGAGAGUCAGGGUAUCUGGUGCUCAUUGCUGCGAUGCUUCUGGCUCGGACCUACUGUGACGUCUGGAUGAUCCACAAUGGCACCAUGAUUGAGAGUGCAAUCAUUGGACGGUCAUCAAAAGCGUUCAGAUCUUAUUUAUUUAACUUCAUCACCGCUAUGCCACUUAUCUCAUUAGUGAAUAAUGUUCUGAAACUGGGACUGAACAAGCUGAAGCUGUGUUUCCGUGUGAAACUCACUGAUCACCUGUACACACACUACCUCAGAGGUUUUACCUACUAUAAAAUGGUGAAUGUGGAUAGCCGUGUGGUGAAUCCGGACCAGCUUCUGACGCAGGAUGUGGAACGAUUCACUAACAGCCUCGUGGACCUCUACUCCAACAUCAGCAAGCCUCUACUCGACAUCGUUAUUUACCUUCUGAAACUGUCGUCAGUGGGCGGAAUUCAGGGCCCAUUUAUUUUGAUGAGUUAUAUGGUGUUCUCUGGUCUGUUGUUGACAUGGUUACGGCGCCCGAUCGGGAAAAUGACAGCAACUGAACAGAAACAUGAGGGAGAAUUCAGAUACACAAACUCCCGGCUUAUUACUAACGGUGAGGAAAUCGCCUUCUAUAAUGGUGGCCAAAGAGAAAAGAUCAACAUCCAUCAAACCUUCAACAAACUGGUGGAACAUCUAAAGAGUUUUAUUUGGUUCCGCUUCUCUAUGGGAGUGAUUGACAGCAUCGUGGCGAAGUACAUCGCCUUCAUGGUUGGAUACUUCGUCGUCAGCCGGCCGUUUCUAGACCCAAAAAACACACACCAUGAUCACAGCACACAGGCCCAGAGACUGGAGGAGUAUUAUCAGAGUGGCAGGAUGUUACUCAGUAUGGCUCAGGCUUUAGGGAGGAUCAUUUUAGCGGGUCGAGAGAUGAGCCGGCUGUCAGGCUUCACAGUAAGAAUCAGUGAGAUUCAGGACGUGUUGAUGGAUUUAAACAGUGGGAGAUAUGAACGCAGCUCCAUCAUCUCAGCAGGAGAAAAAGCUCCAGAGAAUAAGGAGAUUUCCAUUCUGCUCCCCAGCACCGGAGACAUCAUUAUAGCUGAUAACAUCAUCAGGUUUGAACACGUGCCCCUGUUGACCCCUAACGGAGACGUCCUGAUUCAGGAUUUAUCCUUUGAGGUGAUGUCAGGGACGAAUGUGUUAGUGUGUGGACCCAACGGCUGUGGGAAGAGUUCACUGUUCAGAGUAUUAGGAGAGUUGUGGCCUUUGUAUGGAGGACGUCUCAUCAAACCACACAGAGGGAAACUCUUCUACAUCCCACAGAGGCCAUACAUGACUCUAGGAACACUCAGGGAUCAGGUUAUUUAUCCUGACACACAUGAGGAACAAAUACAGAAAGGAAUCUCCGACCAGGUGUUGUUGGAUUACCUGGAUAAAGUGCAGUUGUCCCACAUGGUGGAGCGAGAGAGCGGCUGGGAGAGCGAGCAGGACUGGAUGGAUGUUCUGAGUGGAGGAGAGAAGCAGAGGAUGGCGAUGGCUCGCUUGUUCUACCACAAGCCUCAGUUUGCUAUUUUAGACGAGUGUACGAGUGCCGUGAGUGUGGACGUGGAGGAUUACAUCUACACACACUGCAGGAAGGUUGGGAUCACACUGUUUACUGUCUCACACAGAAAGUCACUGUGGAAACACCACGAGUUUUAUCUGCACAUGGACGGUAGAGGAGGUUAUGAGUUCAAGCGCAUCACUGAGGACACUGUGGAGUUUGGCUCCUGAAAUGAAGAGGACCUGUGUGUGUGUGUGUGUGUUUGUGUUUGUGUGUGUGUACAGGGUCUCUGUAACAGAUGAAGGUGAUUUAUUGUCUACCCGUUUGAGGUCACACUUGUGUGUGUGUGUGUGUGUGUGUGUGUGUGUGUGUGUGUGUGUGUGUGUGUGUGUGUGUGUGGUGAACAGUACAGUGAGGGUCUCUGACCAUCCUCAUGUAUUCAUUUUAUUUAUUUCCUGUGUUUUUUCUUCCCUGGAUUUUAUAUGACUUAUUUUUAUUGUAUUUUAUAAACUGCAGCGUGUUUUAUAAACCAACAGAUCUGUGUGUUAGUAA